AUGAAAUAUUCAUCCACCAUUCUCCGCGCGGCGGUUCUUUCUUCUAUCUUCCAGGCCUCUGAAGCUCUCGUCGGCCUCUCAUGGAGUGUUUCCGACGUAUCCAGCUCCGGGAUGACGGACAUUACCUUUCCCAUUUCCAUGCCUGACGCAGCGCACAAAUCCGGAUACUAUUUCGCGCAGCAAUUCAACUUCGAGGGCCAGUCAGACGUGGGGUACACAGGUCUACAACCGCGCGAGGAUAAUGGCUCUCAGCCCGUGAUUCACGGUGUUUUCUCUAGCUUCAUUAGCGGGACAACGACCGACGACAGCAACUGCAGCGACGGCGCAGACGGCGGCGCCGGUGUAAGCUGCUCGGUGGACGUCACGGCCAGCUAUGCGCAUGGAUACCUACUGAAGAUCCAAAAUACGUCGGGGACGACCUGGACGGGGACAUUGGUCGAUGCCGUGACUGGCACCGAGACCCAUAUCGGCUCUUAUACUCUGCCGUCGGGCAGCGGAGGCAUCAAAGGCUCCCAGGUCGGAUUCGUCGAGUACUACCCGUGGAACUCUGGCACACAUACGUGUGACCAGCUACCUAAAACAUCGGUAACUUUUGGGGCACCGACCACAUCGAGUGGAAACAGUGGGAGCCUGGGCAAACCGUAUGAGUACGGUGAUUGUGUCGGAAAGGUCGACUUCUCGACCAAGGAGAGCGGUAGUGGUUACGAGAUCAGCGUUGGAUUCUAG